GACGUCAAUAAAAAACAUCAGACAUCAGAUCCACAUGGCGGAGCUUGAAGAGAUCCGACAGCGCCGGGCUGCUGCCUGGGAGCGAGCGCAGGAGGCGCAAGGACCGCAAGGACCGCAAGGACCGCAAGGACCGCAAGGACAAGGGUCGUCAGCUGGCAACGAUGCUCCCGCAGAGGUGCCGGCUGCGUCGGCCGCGCCGGAGAGCGCGGAACGUUGCUGUCGCAUCUGUUUCGACAGCUCCGAGUCCAAGGAGACGGGGCGGCUCUUUAGCCCAUGCCAGUGUACAGGCAGUAUGCGCUUUGUGCACGUGCGUUGUUUGAACGAUUGGCGCAGCGCCUCGUGCAACGACAGGUCCUACUACCGCUGCGACGCCUGCCACUACGAGUACCGCCUGCAGCGCCUCUGGGUGGCCGAUGUGCUGAUUUCGCCAGGCUUCCAUUUGGCUCUGGCCAUUAGCUGCUUUUCCUUCAGUGCUUUGAUGGUUGGCAUCCUUGGGCGCUUGCUGGUGCCAUGGGUAGUCGACCUCUGCAUGGAUCACCUGCACCUGGCUCCCAACGUGCGUUUCCUUUUCAGUGACAAAGAUGCACUGACCAAUGGUAACCCUGCAUGCUGGCAGCAAGGCUAUACCUUUCAGGUUUGCUGCUCCCGCGGACGACCGGGAAAUCCCAUCUGUUGGGACGACCUUCACACCUAUGAGAGCUGCUGCCUGGGUGUGUCCCAGACCCUUCGAACCUUGCGGAGCAUCGCGGGUCCGCUGCUGCGCGUGCUCUUCUGCGGCUGGUUGGGCCUCUCGGCUGUGGGCUUUGGUCUCUACCUGCAGCGACAGGUGCGGGAGGCCUGGGGCAACACAGGUGGCAGUUGGCACAUCGUCGUACUGGUGGCCUACUUGUCCUCCUUUGGACAUGCGCCUUGGCCGAAGCCUUGA